AUGCCCUACCUCCCUCCCUUCGGCUUCGUGCCCGAGAUCCUGGCCCAGCCGGCCUCCGUCUCCCAGGGGAAGCUCUGGGAGCUGAUCACGUUCUACUCGGACCACCUGUUCUGGCUGCGCUGCGAUAAGUGCCCGCGCGGGAGGCUCCCCCUCCGCGCGUUCAGAAGGCGGAGCGCGCGCCGCGCGGGCCAGAUCCGCUGCCUCACCCGCUGGCGGGCGGAGAUGAUCGAGCUGUACAUGGCGCGGAAGGGGCUCCUCGGCCAGAAGCUGCUCCCCGCCGUCCUCUCGCCCCGGGACGGUCGCCUCCAGAUCCGGGCGCUCCGGGCCUUCCAGAAGAUCAGCUCGAUGGCCUUCUGGCGCGAGCCCGACCCGGAGAAGCGGCGGGCGCUCAAGCUCGAGCACGUCGACAAGUGCGCGGCCCUGGAGAGCUUCUACCAUGCCUGGGACCUCUUCGAGGAGGGCUACGACGAGUAA